AUGAAACGUUAAUGCGAGCUUUUUUCAAUUUUUAUCCUGUUUUACAGUAUUUAAGGCGCUAUAUGACACGUUUCAUCAUUAUGUAAAUGUGUAUAAAACACCGGCGGACCCGUACCAGGACUAUUCUCAAUCACAAUGGAGCCUGAGUCAGGCAGCAGCAAGAAUUCUUCGCCGGCAAGUCCGAGCCUUAAUAUGUCUAAAUCUAGACUUACCAGGGCAAGAAAACGAAAGCGUGUUUCAAGUGAUAGCAGUUCGGACACUGACCCUGUGCUACCAGAGAACCUUCUAGAGGUAGAAAAGAAUCUCCAUGCUUCUGCUUUGAAAAAUAAUCUGGAUGAUGUCAGUGUAAAGAAGAUUUUAAAGAGUGUAGUUACAAAUGAUCAUGUGCUGGCACUGGUGAAACUUCAAGAGGAAGAAGAAAACAUGGAAGCCCACUCGGAUACUCCCAAGCCCAAGCUUACUAGGUCUAAGGCUAAAGAGCUGCGGAAAGUGUCACCAAAAACAGCUUGGAACCUUGAGAACCUAGAGCUUACACCAAUCAAGCAUAUACCAGUGAAGACCCGGCCGGAGGUCACGGCGCUGAUCGCUCAGGAGCUGCCGGAAGACGAGGAUGAUGAAGAGUAUGACCCCAGGGCUGAUGAUGUACCGAGCGAUGAUGAUCAAACUCUGGAGUCUUGCAGCGACCUUGACUCGCAGCCCCGCACGCCGGCUACGCCGCGCCGCACAGCUAGUCCCAGGAUCGUUAAGGACGGACCCUUUAAAGUACCACAGGAGAUUUCAACACCCCGUCGCAAGCUAGACAUGGACGAAGAAGCCACUAUAGCACUCCGGACUCGCUCAAAGCUCUCUCUGUCAUCUGUCCCCAUCGACCACAUCGAGGGCUCCUUUGUGCCCCCAGACGAAGCCCCCAUGCCGGCCGCUGAUGAUGUAUGGACGGAGUUCCUGCAGAUAUGUCUCAACCCCGAAACAGAGGCCCAGGAUGAUGAUGAUGAUCCUGAAUAUAACGUGGCGCAGGAUCCUGAUGCCCAUGACGAAGACGAGGAAGGCCUUGAGAACAUAAUGAAGAUAUCUAAGAAGGAAUUGAACGAUCUAGUCACGGAACUGUUUAGCGUCAUGCCUGAUGAAGGCUUGGGCGAUGAACUAGGUGGUAAACUUGGUAGCGGUACAGGAAAGAGUAACGCUAAAGAACAAAAUCAAUCGUCAACUAGUUGCAAACAGGAACCGUCGUCCGAGGAAGAAACGCCACAAACCCCGGCCCCGGUCCAAACGAGAGGGAAAGAGAAGCGGCUAUCCAUUGGAAAGAGCGAGGUGCUCACCGAUAACGAAUGCCAGGAGAGUGAGAAGGAAAAUAUAGAGAAGAAUGAAACUCCUCGGCCCCCGCUUCCGACGGAAGUGACGAUAUCAGUGGUCGAGCACGACCUGAACGCGGUCCCGGGCGCCGCCGGGCCGCCCGUCCCGCCGCGGCCGCUGCAGAACCUGCUCGUCAGCAACCAGACCGUGGUCGUGCAGGUCGAACAGGGCGUCAAGCACGACCUGAACGCGGUCCCGGGCGCCGCCGGGCCGCCCGUCCCGCCGCGGCCGCUGCAGAACCUGCUCGUCAGCAACCAGACCGUGGUCGUGCAGGUCGAACAGGGCGUCAAGCACGACCUGAACGCGGUCCCGGGCGCCGCCGGGCCGCCCGUCCCGCCGCGGCCGCUGCAGAACCUGCUCGUCAGCAACCAGACCGUGGUCGUGCAGGUCGAACAGGGCGUCAAGCACGACCUGAACGCGGUCCCGGGCGCCGCCGGGCCGCCCGUCCCGCCGCGGCCGCUGCAGAACCUGCUCGUCAGCAACCAGACCGUGGUCGUGCAGGUCGAACAGGGCGUCAAGCACGACCUGAACGCGGUCCCGGGCGCCGCCGGGCCGCCCGUCCCGCCGCGGCCGCUGCAGAACCUGCUCGUCAGCAACCAGACCGUGGUCGUGCAGGUCGAACAGGGCGUCAAGCACGACCUGAACGCGGUCCCGGGCGCCGCCGGGCCGCCCGUCCCGCCGCGGCCGCUGCAGAACCUGCUCGUCAGCAACCAGACCGUGGUCGUGCAGGUCGAACAGGGCGUCAAGCACGACCUGAACGCGGUCCCGGGCGCCGCCGGGCCGCCCGUCCCGCCGCGGCCGCUGCAGAACCUGCUCGUCAGCAACCAGACCGUGGUCGUGCAGGUCGAACAGGGCGUCAAGGUAACUACAUACUUGCUCCCGACGGAAGUGACGAUAUCAGUGGUCGAGCACGACCUGAACGCGGUCCCGGGCGCCGCCGGGCCGCCCGUCCCGCCGCGGCCGCUGCAGAACCUGCUCGUCAGCAACCAGACCGUGGUCGUGCAGGUCGAACAGGGCGUCAAGGUAUUACCCGAACAGAUAGAGAUAUACCAACAGCAGCUGAGGCAGCAUAUUCAGCUAUGUGCCUCCAAUUUCCUGCAGUUAUUCGUGCAUCCAGUGCACUGGGCGCUCGCACCCACUUACAGAGAGAAUUUGGAAACAUUUAAUAAAAUGGCCGAGGACAACCCGGAAUCCGUGGCCAACGUCUGCAACCUGAAGCCAGCCAUAGACUUGGUCCGGAGUUGGGAGACGUCCGUCUCAGCUGACACUCCGGAAAACAUGGAAAUGAUUGCGUUCGUCCAGAAGGAGAUAGAAAGAUCUCGUCGCCGCGCCGCACAGAACAAUUUGUACGUGGGCGAUUUCCCUAAAAUGUUCCUGAACGUGGUGUCUAACAGUCCCGUGUUCCUGUACCCUCACCUGUUACCGCCCAUACCCUUCCGGUCGGAUGUCUUCCGGAAGUUCGGGUACCUACGCUGCGAGGACGAACUGCUAACCCUAGGCAUGGACCAAUUCUGGCAAUACGUAGUAGACAACCCCGAGUUAUACAACAUCCAACGCAUCAAUUCUGUGCACCGUCCUGGUCUCAUCGCCACGCUACAACUGGUCUCCAAGCACAUGUUCCCGUGGAUCAAGCCCAAAGGCCUGCUGGCUCAUAUACGACAUGUCAGGCAGUUUAGAAAGGAUAAUAAGGACAAUCCUAUCAUUAAAUUCUUCGAGACGCGAGAAGUGACGCCGGUGAAACACACGCUGCUGCCUUUCAACCCCAACUUGACGUUGUACGAGCAGCCAGAAAACGAAAUGCCCAGGAUUUGGGUCCGGCAUCUCGCGCAGAGCAGCAAGCGGUUCAUGGAUGCCAAAUACCGUCGCACGACCUUCCUCCACCACUUCGGGCAGGCCCCCGCCGGAGUUCCCGUGGAGUUGGGUUCCGCUGUCGCCGCUCCCGCCAAGAACCCCCUCCCCAUCGACUUCACCAAGCAAUACACUACCAACCGCCCAUCCGACCUCCCCAAACCCGAUCAAAACAACCAGGACAGAUUCGACAUCGAACUGACCCCGGGGCAAAAUACCACUCUAACCCCGAUAACAGCUCCCGAAGGCUCCCCAUUCCAAAUAGUCAACUACAGUGUUGUAAACACUCCUAACGGAGCGUUCUUAAUACCUGUAACCAUGGCAACCACUGUCACUAGCGCGACAACUACUGUAUGCUCCUCAGAAGUGACCGAGACAUCACAGAGUAAAAGAGUCUCCGUCUCUAUACCGAUGAAUUCAGUUAAUAAUAAGGAAUCUAUCGGUGACCAUUGCCUUUGCUGUAUAAAACUAAGAAGGAUUAGUAAGCUAAAACAGACUUUAAUAACUGACUUUUUAAAAGUGCCAAAGAAGCGACCAAGUUGUCCGUGCAAAGAGAAGAAAAGUAUGAAAUAUCCGAGAGCGACUAAGAAAAUGAGGUUGCUAGUCAAUAGUUAUAAGGCUAAGUACUCUCUGGCGUGGAACGCGCUGGACGGUCAGGUGAAAAUGCUGAAGCAAAGCUUGAGUUUCGAGGCUCAGAAACCGAUGGUGCCUGUGCAGUAUAACUUGGAAGAGAUAGCUGCCGUCACAUCAUUCCAGCUCAAACUAACCAUGCGCUCCAACGUAGCGCGCAGCGUGUGGGUUAAAAAAAGAUUAUACACCACCAUCGCUCAGUUCAACCCUGACACUGACAACAUCUACACAUUCAUGAAAAAUAUAGAGAAAAUACUCGAUACAGAGGGAGUGGACGUUUAUAAGGAGUUCUUGGGGUUUUUGACGAUGGAACAGGCCGAUAAGAUUGGAAAUUACGCGGAUUAUUUUAACCAGGAGUGCCUUACGGGCUUGAUGAAGAAGGUCGAGGAGGUAGUACCAUGCAGGAAGCGUAAAUACGAAAUCCUAGACUGCGUGUACAACACUCUAGUGGUCCAACGUCGAAACGCGUGUGACAUCUGUUCCCGGAUACUUGACUCGUGUGACGGGUACCCGUCACUGGCAGAAUACGUGUUUUCCCUGUUCCCGCACACUAACCCAAUACUUGACCCAAAGGAUCAGAAUAAAGUGCCGAUCCGUGAAGAAAAUAAAAGCACACCAGCGCAAAGUCCUCAAAUAGUAAUAAAUACACCGAAUAAUACUAAAAAGAAUACAGGGAAAGAUAAUGCUGUCCCUGAACAGAGUAGUAGAAUUUUACGAUCUAAGGGCAAUUUGGCGAAAAAGAAUGGCCCAUCUACACAUAUAGAAAACAACGCUGUAGUGUCAUUAGUUUCAGAUGAAGAUGAAACAACACAACUCACAGAUAACGUACAGAAUAGCGCACCACAAACCAUAGACAAUAAACAGGCUCAAGGCACAGAUAAUGUGGAGCACAGAUUAGAGCAACGCACAGAUAAUAUGGAGGUAGACGAUGAUAAAACCACAGAUAAUGUAGAAGAGUCUGUAUUCGACGAGUCACAAAUGGACUAUGAAGCUGAUCAUUCUGCCAGUGAUGACGACUCAAGAAAUGAUAGUUUAAUAAUUAAUGAAAAUCCCGAAGAAUUAAACGAAACACAAGGCAGUGAUAUGAAAACAGAGGAACCUGUAUCAGGAAUCAUAAUAGACACACCAAACCUCACCGUAGCCAAGGCCGAAGUCCAAGAUUACUCCGAAUCCGAAAUGUCCAUGAUGAUCAUGUCAGAAGACGAAUACUCAGUCAAAACCGAGGCCCCUGAGUGGAAAAGAGACGAAGAUAAAACACUUCUAGAAGUAUUGAAGCAGAGCUUGACCCCAGAAGAAAUGAAGGAUAAAACUAUUCUGGAAAUUAUUGAGCAGAAAAAGGUUCUGGAUCUAGCCUCGGAGAGCCUACCAGGAAAAUCCUUGGAUGAUGUUAGGGAACGAAUAUUGUAUUUGUUAGAGUUUUUAGUGCUCAAUGAACAGAUGAUAAGUUAAUAAGCUAAAAGUAAUUUAAGAUUAUUUAUUACUGCGUAAUUAUAAUGGUAUAAUUAUUGA